GCAAUUCACUAUCCACUCCCCCGUUGUGGUUAUAUUGUAGUCCACUUGUCGUCAUUGGCAGCGAACAUCUUUCUGAAAUGAAUUUGAAGAUAAGAAUCUCAAGGUUAGAGGGUGCACGGAAGGAGGAGGAGAGCAGUUGGGGAAAUAGCUGUAGCGUCCAAACGUAGCAAUGGCGACCAUCGCCUCUGAUCGUGCUUGUGUAAGAAGCUCUUAUGAUUCUUCGGCUUCCUUCGGUGCCAAAUUGCAGGAUGCUCUGAGGAAGAAAAAGCCACGUACUCAGCUGGGAAUUAGAGCUUGUCAUUCCAUGGUUGACAGGAAAAAAGUCUACGAACAAGUGGGUUUAUUUUCUCUAAGAAGGAAAAUUGAAGAUGCAGUUCUUCGUGCUGAAAUGUUUGCACCUACAGCCUUGGAAAUGGAAGAAGCAAGAUGGAUUGAGCAAGAAGAAAUGAUACGUAACUAUAAUCUAUGGGAUGAUCUUAAUAAGUCCAAUGACAUUCUGCUCAAGUUAGCAAAGAGUGCCAAAGUAGUUGAUGCUCUUAAGGACUUAAAAUAUAAGGUGGAGGAAGCAAAGCUGAUUACUCAGUUGGCUGAGAUGAAUGCUAUUGAUUAUGGGUUUUAUAAGCAAGCAUAUGAGGCAUCUUUGGAUGUAAGCAAGAUUCUGGAUCGAUAUGAGACGUCUAAGCUUCUUAAGGGCCCAUUUGAUCUGGAGGGAGCUUGUUUGAUCAUUAAAGCUGGGACUGGCGGCGUCCGUCAUAAGCUUUGGGCAGAACAGCUUCUAAGUAUGUAUCUUAAGUGGGCCAAAAAGCAGGGUGAUGAAGGAAGAAUAGUUGAUAGAUGCCUGUUCAAGAAUGGUGGCAUUGCCUCAGCAACUGUAGAAUUUGAAUUUGAGUAUGCUUAUGGUUAUCUUUCAGGAGAAAAAGGAGCUCACCACAUGAUAAGGAGUUCUUUGGAUGAAUCUUCUCUGCUGGAGGCCAGCUCAGCAGUUGUGGAUGUUGUUCCGAUGCUCCUUGAGAAUUCAUCUGACAUGGAAAUUGAUCAUGAGGAUUUGAUUAUCUCAUCGCCUUCAAGUGUUGGAGAACAGAAGAGCCAUACUAGGUCAAGAGUUUGCAUUCAGCAUCAACCUACUGGGAUAAGUGCGGAGUCCGCAGGUGAGAGAACCCUCUUUGCUAGUAAGAUGAAGGCGCUUAACAGACUGAAAUCUAAACUUGAAGUGAUAGCAAGGGAACAAGGAGUUUCCGGGAUAAGUGGUAUUAGGAAAGAUGCCAUUGUGAAUCUAUGGCAAGAAGAAGCUCGCAGAUAUGUCUCUUAUCCGUACAAGCUAGUGCAUGAUGUAAAGACUGGCAUUGAGGUGCCAGACCUAAAUUCUGUUUUGGAGGGCAAUAUUGGAUCCCUCAUUGCAGCUCAUAUUAAUAUCAGAAACUCCUGUCAUAAGGUCUAAAUCUCCUAGUCCCCAUCAAUACAAGUCCCUGAUCCCAGGUUAUUUCAGCAGUUGGUUACACAGUCAAUGUUCAAAAAACAUGAAAAGAAAAAGGGAAAAGAAGAGCACAUUGCUUAUAUUCUAUAUUUUCUUCAUGUUGGAACUUUCUAGAUCAAAACUUCGAUUUCUUGGUGUCAUGGGAGAAAGCAAAGGAAGCAUCAAUCCGUCAUAUUCUUAGACUGAUUGCUGACUUAAAUAACGUGUCGUUAUGUUUUACAUCGUUAAUGGGAUCAUGCCAGAGCCCCUUCUUUCUGUCUGUUGAAUUCCGUUUGUGUAUAUAUAAAAAGACUUUUUCUAGGCCUUUCCGAAA